AUGAGGUGUUUAAUGGUGUUCGAUAAUUUAAAUGAUAUAGUUUUUAUGAAAUGUGACACAACGUUUUGUGAACAUAUUAGAAAAAUUGGAGUUUCUCAGGACCUUAUUAAACCAACAGAGAAUGAAAAAGAAGACUGUCAAACAAUUGAUCCAGACUUAAUACUUCAAAUUUUUUCACCAAUGGUUACUUCUCAAAGAAUUAUGAAUUGCCAUUUUUCUAAUCGAUACAGUUCAAUGCAGUGUGAAAAUGGAACAAAUAUUGUUUUUGAUGAGUAUUUGGGUCAUUUAUUUAUUUAUAUUGGAGAUAAAGAAAUAUCUUGGCAACAAAAAGUACUUAGCGUGACUAUUUUAUUUAUAAAAAGAAUUUGUGGAUCUGAUGUUUCAUUAUUAAAGUAUAGUCGUCGUCGCCGUUUUUUGGUUUCUAAACUUCUAGAUACUUGGCUUAAACGUUCAAAUGAAGAACAAUGUGUAAUAAUUGAAGCCGUUGAACAACUAACUGUUAGUAUAGAGCUUUCUACUGCUGCAUUAACAGCAGCUAAAACAGCAGCUGAAAAAAUGAAAACAAAAUCUGCUUUUUCCAGAGUACAUAUACUUAUUAUGGUUCGACAAAAAUUUUUAACUUUAUAUUCUAGUCGUAAUGCAACUGAUUUAUCUGCGGGCGAUACAUUAUUUUUAGCAUUAUUAGCUGAAGCUGUACAAGUAGCUGAUUCUGAACCUAAAGAUAAAUCUGAUCUUAAUGUAAUUAUAAUUGAAAAAGAAAAUUUACCUAAAAUAGAAAAUGAUUCGUCAUUACCUCGGAAUAAAAUAAACAGCUUACUGGUUCUUUUGGGUCAACAUGGAUUGAAAUUAAAUGCUGUACAUUUAUCAUACAUUACUGAAGGAGUUUCAUUAUUCAUUAUUCAUGAAAUUGGAAAUGAGGUAUUUAAUAGUAGUGUGAUAGAUUCAUUGACAUCGUUUUGUACUAUCCAAGAAAUACAAAGUCGAGGAACUAUGGAUCGUGAAGCACUUAAAGUUGAAUAUGAUAUAGUUGAUAGCUCUAUGAAAAAGAUUAUUGAUUUGUUUAAAAAGAAAAAUGCUCCAUUUGCACCUACUCGAAGUGUUUUAGCUAUAAUCACUACUUUAGCAACUAGAUGGGAACCAUUAAAAAAGAAAUACCUUGAGUAUUUUAAAAAUAAUGAAAAUACAAAUUUAAAUGCAAUAGAAUCGAGCAAUAUGAAUAUCAUAUCUAGUUUAAAAGAUCUUCAUCAUCAUUGUAUGCUUAAUGAAUCAUUAAUUGAUAAUUACACCAAAGAAGCAGUGAGUGAUGCUUCUGCUUUGGUUGCUGUUAUGUUACGUGAUUAUUCUACAUUUUUUGAAGUGAAAGCAAUGAACAAUUUUACAAUGAGAUCUAGGUCAACUUUGAAUAUUAAUAAAUAUUUAGAAGAAUUUCCAGGUCUUGUACAUUUCAUUUAUGUAGAUCGAAUGUCUCAUCGUAUGAUUGCUCCUGGUUUAGAAUUCGCUUCACCCGAAACUCUUGAGCUUACUAAAAAGAAGGUAUGGUCCAUGAUUGAAGUAAGUCGACAACAUUUAAGAGAUGGACAUUUUAUUGUUCUUUGGAAAGAUAAUACUUUUACAUAUUCCUACUUUUUAUGGUUUGAGGAUCAAUCGGGUACAUCAUUAAAACCAAGAGUACAACCUAUGGCCUCCGAGUUAUUUCCGGGAAUAUUAAAUGGAGAUUAUUAUGAGAAGCUUUUGGAACAAUGUUUCCCUAGAAUGCCUAAAGGAAAAGUGCGUUGUUUUGAACUUUUUUGUGUGCAUUUGGGAUUAGCAACUGCUUCAUGCGUUUUAGAACAUUCUCGGAGAUUAUCAGCUACUGUAUGGGAAGUCACUGGAAGACCAAGCAAUUUACUAGAUUUAUUUUGAACUUAUAUUUAUAUUUUGUAUUUUGUGUAUAAUUAUUUAUGUUGAUCUCGUAUUCUGA